AUGAUACAUUAUCGCAGCAUCAUACAGUCGACCCUUCGUGGGUCUUCGAUACAGACACGAAGUUUUUGGCGAUCAACGGUCCGAAACGUCAGCACCGCGGCACAAGCAAAUGCCUCACGAAAACCAUCAAGUUGGACGCGCCGCCUGAUCUACGCCGGCAUUUUUGGGACACUUGGCGUCAGUACAGGGAAAUGGCUGGACAACAAAAUUGCGGCGCCACCGGCUCCUGGGUCAUUAGAGGACCAAAUGGAGCUUCAGGAAAUCCAGCGGGUGUUCGAUAUUGGACUCCCCAUUGUGCAGGAGCUGCGCCAUAAUCCCGAUUAUGUGGAAAAGGAUGUCUACGAAAAUUUUGCGGACAAGCACAAAAUCCAUCGGCUGACAUCUGGCUCCUUGGCUGGUAGUAGGGGCUUUGGAUUUCAGAAAGUCUUUUGGAAUGAUAAAGAGAAGAAACUCAUUAGCGUGGUCUUUUUGGGACCAGGCCUUGAAGGCUGGCCAACCAUGGUCCACGGGGGCGCGCUAGCUACUGUGAUCGAUGAGAACCUGGGGCGCGCAGCCAUUCGGCAUUUCCCAGCGCGAACAGGGGUCACUGCCAACCUCAAACUGAACUACCGAGCGCCAGUCUACUCGGACAAUUUCUAUGCCCUGCAUACUACUCUAGAUCAGGAACAGAGCACGGACGCCAAGGCAUAUGCCAAGUGUGAGGUCCGUGAUAUGGCAGGCCAACUAUGUGUCGAAGCAACGGGACUUUUCGUUGUUCCCAAGUCAUUCAAGCUGAGCAUGGUUGGGGAGUAUUUUUGA